UAUGACAGGUACCUCGUGACGUCACCAGCUCCUUGCAUGGAUGAAAACAUGGCGGCUGCCAUGGAGCUGAGAUGCUGGGGAGGAGACUGGGGAUUGCCUUCUGUCCACCCCGAGUCUCUGAUAGUUCUGGCAUAUGCCAAGUUUUCAGGGGCAAAAGUAACAGUUUCCCCAAUAGACUGGACAUGGAAAACUCUAACAGCCACAGUCCCGGAGUUGCUGUGUGGAGACUCUGCCGUUCAGGAACCAGCACAGAUUCUCAACUUCCUGAGGAAACGGAGGUUUAAUGCUGACUAUGAACUGUCAGCCAGACAAGGAGCAGACACCAUGGCAUACAUCGCUCUGCUUGAAGAGAAACUACUUCCAGCUCUGUUGCACACUUUCUGGGUGGAUGCUGAAAACUACGCCAAUCUGACACGGCCAUGGUUUGCCUCACGCUCGCCAUUCCCUCUUAACUUUCUCGUCCCUAGUCGCCAUGCCAACGCUGCCCUCUCCCGUAUUCUUCUAACCAAAGGAGAGGCACCGCUACACAGAAUCACUGAGGUGGAGGGAAAGAUCUACAGUGAUGCUAAAGAGUGCCUGAAUCUCCUGUCCUACAGACUGGGAACUGCAAACUACUUUUUUGGCAACUCGCCCACCAGUCUGGACGCCUUUGUGUUUGGUUUUGUGGCUCCACUUUCCAAAGCCAGUCUCCCCAGUAGCCCUCUGCAGAGUCACCUCAGACAGCUGGAUAACCUCACAAGCUUCUGUGACAACAUCCUCGCCGUCUACUUCAACUCAGACCACCCUUGUCCCCCCCCACCUGUUCAGGAAACAAUGGCUGCCAACCUCCAGAAACUAACUCAGCUUGUAAACAAAGAGUCCAACAUGAUCGAGAAGGUGCUUCUGCUUUCCUUUUACCGUCUCUUUGCUUGGGUUCAUGGUUGCAUUUGGCAGAUGGAUGACAACCUUCGCAGCAGCCCUCAGCACAAACCCCACCGAUCGGAGCCCAAACCCCAUCUGGCCAGUGAGAAGAACUCUACUCCUGCCUAAGCCCUGACCUGUCAACCCUGGUCCAGCUUUAUGAAGGGGGGAGGAACUGCCUGUAAAUGUGCAGUUCUGAAUCUGACAUCCUAAAAUCCAAAAAAGUCGUCCAGCUGAAUUAUUGUUUGAAUGAAAAAUAACUUAUAAUAAUAA